GGAUUUCAAAAUACAAUACUUUAUCCAUCCACCACAUCACCACUCAACACCAGAACGAUUUAAACAGCUAUCAGGAUUUCAGUUUACCACUUUAACCAACUCAACUCACUCAAUCACUCAAUCACAAAACUCAUCAAUCGAACUUCAAAAACUCAAAUCAAUCUUAUUCAUUCAUCAAAUGCCUUGUUCUCAUUCACAUUCAUCAGAUUCGCAUCAUCAUUCACAUGAAGAUGGAGAAGAACAAGCAGCUUUGUUGGAUGCAUUAAGAGGUCAAGGUGAUAAAGGAAGUUUAGUGACUUUGAUCGGUUUAGGUUCAAAUAUUAUGUUAACUUUAACCAAAGGAAUUGCAGGAUAUUAUUUAUCUUCUGCUUCUUUGAUGGCUGAUGCAGGUCAUAGUCUUUCAGAUUUGAUUGGUGAUUUUAUUACUUUGUUUUGUUGGAAUUGGUCUAAGAAACCAAAAGAUCAAAGUUAUCCUUUUGGUUAUGGUAAAUAUGAAUCGGUUGGUUCAUUAAUUGUGGCUUUCUUUUUGAUUAGUGGUGGAUUAGGAAUCGCACUUAGAUCACAACUCGAUCAAUCAAGUCUGAUUUCAAACCUAUUAACUUGGUUACCCGAUUCGAUCUCGUUACCUCAUACUCAUUCCCAUUCACAUGGAUCUGAAGAUGGAUCACAUGAUCAUGAUCAUUCGGUUGAUUUUAGGGCUGCUUAUUUUGCUCUGUUAAGUGUGGUGGUCAAAGAAUGGUUGUAUCGGAUGACUUAUAGGGUAGGUAAAGCAGAGGAUUCAAAUGUUUUGUUGGCUAAUGCGCUUCAUCAUCGAAGUGAUGCUUUUGGUAGUUUGGUGGCUUUACUUGCGAUUGUUGGAUCUUCAUUUGGGUUAACGAUUUUAGAUCCUAUUGGAGGGUUUAUUGUAUGUGGAAUGAUUUUAUCAAGUGGAUAUGAAAUAGGAAAAAAAUCAUUUCAAGAAUUAGUAGAUCGAUCGACUAAUCAAACAUUUGAAGAAGAUUUAAAGAAUUUAUUAAAUACAUCGUUUCAAAGAAAAGAUAAUUUGAUAGAUUGGUCAUCGAUAGAAGAAGUGAUGAAGAUUAGAAGUUUAAGGUUUGGAAGUAAGAUGAUGAUCUUUUUGGAAGUUAAAGUUGUGGAUCAUAAGUUGAGUUUAAGAGAAAUCGUUCUCAUGGAAGUCAUGUUGGGUAAAACUAUUAAGAAAGAAAAGAAAAAUGUUGAGGAAGUGGUCGUUAGGUUUAGAGCUUAAGUUUAUUUUGGAUUGAAAUAUUAAAGAUUGGAAGUAUGCUAGACUUUUUUUGAUCCUUCUUUCUCUCUCGGCAUAUGAAAUACUUGAUUUGUUUCUUUUUGAAUUUGGUGAUUAGGAUACAGCAAUUUACAUAGUAUUCAAUUCAAACCAAAACCAGAAACCAAAAACCAACAAAUUAAAAAGUUUUCUUGAUUCAUAUUAUAUCUUUCUCUUUUCUUAAAUUGUUGUUUCCUGCUUUUUUCAUUUUGCUUGUACAUAAGUUUUUUAGUUUUUCUUUUUAAAAUCAAUGAAUGGGAAUUAAGAAAACAAAAGACGUUGAGUUUAUUGAUUGAAA